AUGCGCCACAAGGGCCUUGAGUGCGCUGGGAAACGCGCCAGGCGCUCGGCGGGAAGCAGCAACAGCGUCCUGGGCACUGGGGGGUCUACAGAUAGAAACAGGCAAGGCUUGGAAAGAGGCGUGCUGCUAAGACUCCAGCGUGCACAGGACGCCUGUGAUGCCGGUUCUUGCCACCCGGCCAUUGGAGACCUCCUCCUGGGUCGCAGCAAGCAGCUAAUGGCCUCGUCAACUUGUGGGAUGAACGGCCCUCAGAAGUACUGCAUCGUAGGUUACCUUGAGGCCGACCAGAAGUGCUUUCUUUGUGAUUCCAGACACCCAUACAAUUCCUAUACACAGCACAACAGCCACAUGAUUGAAAAUGUUAUCACAACUUUUGAGCCUGAUAGGAAAAAAAAAUGGUGGCAGUCAGAAAAUGGCAUUGACCAUGUCAGCAUUAGAUUGGACCUAGAAACUGUAUUCCAGUUCAGCCAUCUUAUCCUGACUUUCAAGACAUUUCGGCCUGCAGCGAUGCUGGUUGAGCGCUCCACAGAUUUUGGUCAGACCUGGAAAGCAUUUAGGUAUUUUGCCCAGGAUUGUGCAGCUUCUUUUCCCAACAUCUCUUCUGGUCCAGCAAAAAGUGUGGGAGACAUCAUUUGUGACUCCAGAUAUUCUGACAUUGAGCCCUCCACUGAAGGAGAGGUUGUCUUAAAAGCUUUGGAUCCCAGCUUUGAAAUAGAAAAUCCGUAUGUGCCAUAUAUCCAAGAGUUCACUACUUUGACAAACCUAAGGAUAAAUUUCACUAAACUCCACACCCUUGGGGAUGCUCUGCUUGGAAGAAGACACAAUGAUCCCCUCGAGAAGUAUUACUACGCUGUCUAUGAAAUGGUUGUGCGUGGCCGUUGCUUUUGCAAUGGUCACGCCAGCCACUGUGAUCCUGUGCAGAGCCUGCGGGGAGAUGUUUUCCAUCAGCCUGGAAUGGUGCAUGGGAGAUGCAUCUGCCACCAUAACACCGCUGGUGUGGCCUGUGGAAGAUGUAAGGAUUUCUACAAUGAUGCUCCCUGGAGACCUGCUGAAGGGACGCACGACAACGCUUGCAAACAGUGUAACUGCAAUGGCCAUUCUGACAGAUGCCACUUCGACAUGGCAGUGUACAAGGCCAGUGGUGGUGACAGCGGUGGUGUUUGUGAAGACUGUCAAGACAACACCAUGGGGCAACACUGUGACCAGUGCAAACCUUUUUUUUACCAGGAUCCACUCAAAGUCAUCUCAGACCCUCACGUGUGCCUUCCCUGUGACUGUGACCCAGCAGGCACCUUGCACCCUGGCUUGUGUGAGCGCCACACAGACCCUCUUAUGGGAACCGUUGCUGGCCGAUGUCCUUGCAAGGAAAACGUGGAGGGAACCCGCUGUGACAAGUGCAGGCCAAACUACCAUGGCCUGAAUGGAAAUGACCCUCUAGGCUGCCAGCCCUGCAACUGUGAUCCCUCAGGAACGCUGCCCUUCUCCAGCUGCGACACGGUGACCGGCGAGUGCCUCUGCCAGCAGCAUGCCACCGGGCGACGCUGUCAGCAAUGCGUUCCAGGAUACUGGGGCCUUGGCAAGAGCUUGUAUGGCUGCUCUCCAUGUGACUGUGACAUUGGGGGAUCCCAGAAUAAUUUGUGCUCACCAGAGGAUGGUCAGUGCAGGUGUCUUCCCAACAUCAUGAGCCGCCAGUGCAACGAACCAGCCCCAGGCUACUUCUUUUUACCCCUGGAUUAUUACAUUUAUGAAGCUGAGCAAGCCAAGCCCUUUUCUGGCUCUGCACCUUUGGGCCCGGCUCAGCUGGGGCAGAACCCCGCUGUGGACGUGGUUUUCCGGCAGCCCAGUCCAGGCAGGCCCGUCACGUGGACAGGGCCCGGCUUCGCCCGGGUUUCCAGGGGAGCAGGGCUGAGAUUUACCAUCAACAACAUUCCCUUCGCUAUGGACUUCGAUAUCAUCAUCCGCUAUGAGCCUGAGUCCUUGGAAGACUGGCUAGCAAGAGUUACCAUUCAACCCAAUGGUAUUUUGUCAAGUCACCGCUGCAAAAACAAGGCCAUUUCACAGGAGUCACAUGCAUUGGCUCUCCCUGCAAUGAAAAGAAUUGCUCUUCUACAAAAGCCAGUCUGUUUGGAGCCAGGAACAGAAUAUUUUGUGGAUGUUUAUUUUCCUCAGCCAUCUGCCUCUGACCCAAAUGUUAUAUCAUUCAUCUUGAUCGACUCACUUGGAAUUAUUCCCAGAAUCAGCUCCGUGGAGAACUUCUGCAGUAAAAGAGAUUUAGAGGAGUACCAGAAGUACCAGUGUGUUGAAACGGCCUCAGAAGUUGGCGCUCACCUCCUGCCGGAAGCGUGCGCAAGGCUCAUAGCGAGCCUGUCCGCGCGUAUCCAUAACGGAGCAGUUGCAUGCAAGUGCAGUCCCCAAGGGUCGCUGAGUGCCAGCUGCUCUAAACUUGGAGGCCAGUGCCAGUGCAAAGCGAAUGUCGUGGGCCGCGGCUGCAACGCGGGCGCGCCGGGGAGCUACGGCUUCGGCUUCCACGGCUGCUACCCGUGCGAAUGCCACCCCCGGGGCUCGGUGAGCACGCUGUGUGACCAGGUGACAGGGCAGUGCUCUUGCCGGCGAGAGGUCGUGGGCCAGCGCUGCAGCCGCUGUCUGCCCGGCUAUUUUGGAUUUCCCAACUGCCGCCCGUGCUCGUGCAACGGCCACGCAGAGCUCUGCGACCCGGUGACAGGAGCGUGUCUCAACUGUGGAGGGUUUACAGCUGGAAGCCACUGUGAAAGGUGCCUGGAUGGCUACUAUGGAAAUCCUGACAAAAGAGAACCCUGCCGCCCUUGCCUGUGCCCAGAGGCACCUACGAGCAGGAGAUAUUUUGCACAUUCCUGUUAUCAAGACUCCCAGACUGCACGAUUAAUCUGCAAUUGUCUCGAGGGAUACUCAGGCAAUCAUUGCGAUGAGUGUCCUAGUGGGUUUUACAAAAAUCCACGAAACCCUGGGGCUGACUGUUUGCCAUGUUCCUGCAAUAACAACAUUGAUGUGACAGAUCCCGAAUCCUGUAACAGGGUCACCGGAGAAUGCACCAAGUGUUUACACAACACACAUGGAGCAAACUGCCAGUUCUGCAAACCAGGGUAUUUUGGCUCUGCUGUUGAUCAGAACUGCCAAAGAUGCACGUGCAAUCUUGCGGGUGUGAGCGCUGCCGUGUGCCCAGCUGGCAGCGAAGCCUGCGUGUGCGACCCGGCCACGGGGGCCUGCCCGUGCCUGCCCAACGUGGUGGGCAUUGCCUGUGACCGGUGCGCUCCUGGCUACUGGCACGUGGCUAGUGGGAAAGGAUGUCAGCUCUGUGACUGCAGUCCAAAAAAUUCCCAAAGUCACCAGUGUAACCAGUUUACAGGCCAGUGUCCAUGCAAGCCAGGCUACAGGGGGAGGCGUUGUGAUGAAUGUGAGGAAAAUUACUUUGGCAAUCCACAGACACACUGCAUUCCGUGCGAGUGUAACCAGGAGGGAACGGGCCAGCCCAAGUGUGACCGGGCCACCGGGGCCUGUAACUGCCGCGCUGGUGUCACCGGCAGGUUUUGUGACCACUGUGGCCGCGGUUUCGAGAAGGACUUUCCCUCUUGUCGUCAGUGUCAUCUGUGUUUUGAUCAGUGGGAUGCUGAAAUUACUACCCUGUCACAGACUGUUCAAGGGUUAAUGAGGUUCGCUGCAAAACUGGAAGAUAAAGGAGGACGAAUGCCCAGCUGUGAUAUACGCUUCAAAGGCUUUGAAAACACCAUUUCUGAAAUUGAAAGAAUUUUGAAACAUCCUGUUCUUUCAUUGAAGACAUUUGCAGGCGUCAAGGAUUUUCAUGCCUUUGUGCAACAAAAAGCUGCACAAAUGGAUCCACUUCACAAUAUACUUUAUAAAUUUCCUGACUUUAAUGAGAGAAUAGAAGAGAUUGGGGAAGAAGCUGGCCAGCUGUAUGAGCUUCUACAGCAGAAAAAGCUUCUACAUCACAGUUUUCAUUACUUGAAUCUCAAAGAGGCUGUCAGCAACAUUAGGAAAUACUUUGAAAUAUCGUUGUUGGCUGAAAAUAAAACUAGUGGGACCGCCUUGAAAGAGGGCAAUGUGCUGGAACAACUCAGGAUUCUCAAGACUCCCAACAUCCAGAUUUUGAAUGAAAAGGUCUGUGGGGCACCAGGAAAUCGGCCCUGUGUUUCAGCUGCGUGUGGAGGAGCUCCGUGCCGAGGUGGGCCCGGGCCCAAGCAGUGCAGCGGCCCAGGCUGCAGGGGAGCUCUUCCUCAUGCUGCAGAGGCCUUCUGGAGAGCUGAGGAGACUGCCAUGGCCUUAAAAAAUUUGACUAUCCAGCCACAGGAUCCUGAGAAUCAGGUUGAAAGCCUCAGAAAAAUGGCAGAAGACACCAAGCUGAAAGGCUCACGAUUAAAUGGGGAACUAGGGAGAGCUAAGAAUCAAAUUGAAGUGGACCGAGAGAUCACUAAGGAGUUCAUCAAAAAAAUAAAAGCCUUCUUAUUAGAUGAGAGUGCACCUCCAGAGGACAUCGAGAAGGUGGCAAACUAUGUUCUGCAAAUAAAGCUUCCCCUGGCCCCACAAGAGCUUACAAACAUGCUCAACAAAAUCAGAAACGUUAUGAGCUACUGUGAGAAGUACAGACUGAAUGUGAAUAAGAGAAACAGAAAAAUGGAAGAAGCUCAGAAACUACUGGUGAAGGCAAAACAAGCUGACAAAUCAGCAAAAGCUCUUCCACCUGUGAAUGAAAUUAAUAACACACUAAAAAAUGUUGUGAACUCCCAAGGACACUCCAGAGGAACUUUCGAAAAGCUAAAUGAAGAGAUACAAGAAAUGAGAGCACAAAUCUCACAGGCUGAGACUCAAGUGAACAAGACAAGCGAUGAACUAAAUGACUUCUCAGCAAAACAAUCUCAGAUGGAAGAUGAAAUUACCGUGUUGCAGAUGAAAAUGAUGAAGAGCAGGAAUCAAGCUACAAAUGCAAAAGCAGGGGCAGAAGCAGCAAACAAGCAAGCUCAGAAUAUCAAGAAUGAAUUUGCUGACAUUAAAAGAAAGUACGGCAUUCUCCAAGAGAAGCUAAAAGCCAAAGGACCUCCGAAAGUAACAUUAGAGAAAGUGAAACAGCUGAAAGAAGCAGCAGAAAAACUGGCUGAAGAGACUGAAAAAAAAAUCAAAAGAAUCACAGAUUUGGAGAAGAAACUCCAGGAUCUGAAUCAAACCAAGCAAGACAAGGCAGAGCAACUCAGACAACUAGAGAAACAAGUGAUAGCCAUUAAAAAUGAAAUCACUGAGCAGGAAAGCAAAUUUGCAACCUGCAAAAGUUAG